CCGGGAUCUUUUCCCGGGGGUAAAGAACGGCAGGGCGUGAUGCUGACCACUCACCCCCAUCUGGUACCGAAGUCAAGAAGGAAUAUGAGCUAUAACUCCGCCCCCCACCCCCCAAAGUGUACUUUCUGACAGACAGAACAUUUGUUAGGAAUAGGUUGAAUUCCUUUUCGACCAUCCUGUAUUAUACUCGCAGAUAAUGGUUUGAAACAGCAUACAUUGAGUGCAAUAUGCACAUUAACUAAACAUUUGCUCGGUGCUAUUUUUGUUCAUCAUUGAUGGCCCUUAUCGGUGCAAGAUAACAGCGAUAACGCCGUAUUUAGCGGCUGUUGUUACUGUAGGAAUAUUACAUUGGUUUGCUUUGCUAUGGCUGGCACAACAGAUCGUCAAAAGUCCUGUGCAAUAAUAGAAAUAUUUAAAAGUAUGGAAUAUGGCCCAGUAUCUGAUAGUUCGAGUAUUGCCAAGGCAUGGUUGAAGGACAGAAAGUUGGGUCCAUUUAUUGAUGGAAACUUUAAAGAGACAUCAUCAUCAGAAUAUGACGUGUUCAGGCCUUGCACAGAAGAAGUCCUGACUAAGGUAGGACUUACUUCAGAAGAUGACAUCAGUAUGGCAGUUACCUCUUCUCUCAAAGCAGCUGACACAUGGACCAAUCUCAGUGGUCAUGAGAGGGCCUGCCACAUAUACAGUUUGGCUCGUCACAUGCAGAAGCAUGCCACACUUUUGGCACAGAUGGAAUCACUGAAUCGUGGUGUGCAGAGUUGUGACCCAAGAGAGUUUGAUGUGCCUGCAGUAGUGCGAUACUUAUAUUACUAUGCUGGUUGGGCACAGCUAUCAUCUUCCUCUGAAUUAAGAGAUUGGAAACCUGUGGGUGUUGUGGCUGGCAUAAUGUCUGCUGUAUCGCCUCUCAUUACGUUGGCCCAAAUAGUAGCUCCAGCACUAGCUGCUGGGAACACUGUCUGUCUCAAGCCACCCAAGGGCUCACCACUGCCAGCAUUGCUGUUUGCUAACAUAGCUAUGCAGGCAGGGUUACCUCCUGGAGUGAUCAAUGUGUUACCUGGUGGUUCAGAGGUAGGGCGGCUGCUAGUCACACACAUUGGAGUUUCAAAGUUGAUGUUCUCUGGUUCAACAGGUUUGGGGCGACUCAUCCGAAAACAGACUGCUGGUCUGGGCAUACACCUCACCUUAUUAUUGAGUGGUGGAAAGUCCUCAAUGAUGGUGUUUGAUUCAGCUGAUCUGGAUUCAUCUGUGGAUGGGGCAGUUCAUGCAGCAUGGUUCAACCAGGGGCAGGUCCCAUGGUCUGUGGGCCGAUUGUUAGUCCAGGAGUCAAUUUGGCAUGAUUUUGUUCCAAAAUUACGUGCUUGUGUUGAUCGCCUGCGUGUGGGUGAAGCAUUUGACCAUUUGGCAGAUGUUGGAUCACCAAUAACCAAAGACAUUAUCACAAGCUUGGCAGUUGCAACCUCAGUAGCUCAGAAGAAUGGCUUAGAGGUGUAUGAAGCACAAAUACCACCAGGUCUUUCUUCUGAAACCUUUUUUCCACCAACUCUUGUAAUUGGUGGUUUUGCAGAUAGCAAUCUCACCGUAGAUGAUGAUAUUUUAUUACCUUUAGUAGAAGUUGUGCCAUUCAGGACAGCAAAAGAAGCCAUCGCACUUGCCAAUAAUUCACGCUAUGGUAUGGCUGCUUCUGUUUGGACAGAGAAUACUUCUCUUGCUCUAGAAGUGGCUUACCACCUUCAGGUCGGAACCGUGUGGAUAAACAGCCAUGGAACAGUAGAUGCAGGGGUACCAUUUGGUGGUUGGAAACAAAGUGGAAUUGGAGUUGUUGGAGGCAAGGAAGGUUUGUUAGAGUACAUGCAGUAUAAAGGUGUGAGGGUCAGCAUGACAACAGAUCCUGUUCAGUACAAGUAUUUUGGAAUGACUCCAGAUGUAUCAGUCUGUUGUCCGCCUUCAUUGAAUCAGCAGACAAACAAAGGUUCCGUGCCUGUAGUGGACCGCACUUACAAGCUGUACUAUGGUGGGGCAUAUAAGCGUCCAGAUGGAAAUAUGUCUCAUGCAGUCCUGGAUGGAACUGGAAAAAUACAUGCUAUUGUUGCAGAUGGAAGCAGGAAGGAUGUGCGUAAUGCUGUGGAAGCAGCUGCUAAAGCACAGCCUGCAUGGCGGAAGAUUGGGGCACAUGUUCGUUCACAGAUCAUAUAUAAUGCAGCGGAGAAACUACAAUCCAGGCGAGAAGAUUUCAUCAGCCAUUUGACAACUUUGUAUGGCAAGUCUGACAAAGAAGAUGCAUCUAAGGAGCUGGAUGCUUGUAUGAGCUUACUGUUUCACUGGGCAGCAAGCUGUGACAAGAAACAGUUCGCAGCAGGUGAUGUCAGCCCAAAUAGCAGUGUCGUUGUGAAUGUUUGUCGUGAACCAUUGGGCAUCAUUGGAAUAGUUCAGGCACCAGUACAGUCAUCAACUGGGCCAUGGGCACUGCUUGGCUUUAUCUCACUGUUUGCACCUGCUGUGUGCUAUGGAAACACAGUAGUUGUAAUUGCUGAUAGCAUGCAUCCUACACCUGCUCUGGAAUUCUGUGAGGUGCUGCAUUCAUCGGACUUUCCAGCUGGAGUGGUCAAUGUAUUGACUGGGGACAGUGAAGCUUUGUUGUCUACAUUAGCCAACCACCAAGAAGUAGCAGGCUUAUGGGCGCCACAAACUACGGCAACUGAAGCGAAAUAUAUUGAAUGGGCUUCCAGUGUCAAUCUGAAGCGUAUCUGGGUUGACAAACUUCCAUGUUUCACUAGUUUUGAACAAGUCACAGACUUCAGGGAAUUGUUUGAAUUGAAUUCUACAAGGACUAAAGCAGUUUGGAUGCCAUGUGGGGAAAUAUUCGCUAACUGAAACAAAAAGAAAGAUUAAAUGACAAACAAUGUUGGAUUUGAGGUUCUUACAGCAGAGUAUGAAAAAGAGUGUCUAAUGGGUUGUAGUACCGUGUUGUCUGGUAAAAGGUUACCAACGUUUCUGGGGUCCUUGCUGCCUCCAUCAUCAGGUGAUGGGUCCUGAUGAUUCAUCACCAUGAUGAUGGAGGCAGCAAGGACCUCUGAAAUGCUGGCAAAGUUCUGCCAGACUACAAGGUGCUACAAUCCAGAAGGUAGCCAUCUGCAUUCGGGUUUAUUGAAUGUGUACAACACUUCAAAAACUGCAUCCAUUUUCGUCUUCAGGUAUAUGGAUCUGUUAAAAAGAGCUAGUCUCAAUCACUGGUCCAGUGAUAUGUACAUAUAUAUAAAUGGAGUAGGAGUGAAAUUGGAGAUACUCUUAGUACUGGCAAAAAAUUCUCUGUAUCAUGAUUCAGGCUUUUUAUAGUGGGGGUAAGAUUGUUGAAUAGAUUAUUCCAGUAUAAUAAAAUCCUUUUUGAUAUUUACUGAGUUCAGUGUUUGUCAUAUAUCUGUUAUCUUGUACUUAUAUUGUGGAUUAUAUGUUGUCCACUACAAAUAAUGAGAGCAAGAAUUCACUGGCUAGUGGAAGAAUAUUCAAUUUCUUUAACUAUUCCCUACAUGCGGCAGUCCUUACAGUCCCUUCCAUUAUUCUAAUGAUUUUCUUUUGAAUGUAAAGUACUCAUUUGCUGUCUGUUGAGUUCCCCCGAAAAUAAUUCCAAAUGAUACUGUCAAAUAGAAGUAAGCAAAGUAGUAGUAGUAGUAGUAAAGUUUCUGUUUUGAUGAGUGAUGUGACAGCCCUCAUAGCAAAACACGCCGAAUAUAAAAGUAAGCUAACAAACAAACUGUUAACACUUAUAAAAGAUACUAGUGCCAAACGCGUUUUGACCUCAAGAGAUUAACAGUUUGUUUGUUUGCUUAUUUUUAUAUUCUAAUACACUACGAGGUAUGCAAAGUUUUAAAACAUGCCGAGUUUAGUUUAGGCAUAAUAUAUUGAGUAUGUUUUCCAAUUUAAGUUACUGUCAAUUUGAAGGCUAAGAAAUGUAGGUAUUUCUA